AUGCUAGGAAACGAAGUCGAAACUUACGACUCAAUAUGCUACGAGAUAGGAAACGAUGAGCUCAAGCCUAAUGCACCAUGGGGAUUUGCUGUGUACCGCACCUGUUACAGCAAUGAAAUCUCAUGGCGCCAAAUGCGACAGCACAUCGAAACAUGCAUACAAGACACCCUCGGUCACCCACUUCACCAUGUUCGACGGACUCUACGCAACCGUCAUCAGGUUACUUUCAUUGAAGAUAAGCAAAGACUCGAUAGCGCCAGUCCAGUCGAAGUGAAGGUCCAAUUCGACACCUGGGCUAGACAGGAACUGGCAAAGAACUGGAAAGAGAGGCCAGAAACACCAGAGGUGGGAAUUUUCGAUGGAGGACCGCCAAGUCCGAAGCAGAUGAUGUUUUAUGGCGCUCGAUAUAACGUGUGCAUAGUGAUCGAUGACGUCUGCUUACAGUCCGUCGACGAGACACGCAAACACACCGGUCCCUUGGCCCUUCUGCUCAAGAGAGAGUGGCAACCUGUUCAUUUCAAAGAAGGCGACGAUUUGCAUCCAGAUUAUGAGGAUGGCUGGAUGAUCGAUCACGACGAAGGGCCAAAUGGUUGGAAUUGGAUGUAUGUCCGCGCAUCUAGUUAUAUUCAACACUACAACAAUCUCAAUGAAUGGUAUAACGAAUGGGACGAGGAUCAUAUGUUCAUGUACCCGUCCGUGGUCUACGAAGAGUUGGGUUUGAAGAGAUCGCCGGGGUUUUGGAGACAAAAGACUAAUGCCCAUGAGGAGAAGUAA